UGUAUCGUCACUGGCUAUUGAUACUGUUAAAAAUUAUAACGAUUUGGAAAGUGUAACAUAUGAUGUGGGAUUCCUGUUUCCGUUGAUGGGAAUAAUGCUGAAAACAUUGUUAAUUAAUAUUGACCAACAAGGUAUUCUUGAAAUGAUCGAAGAUGUUCAUAACCCAAUUAAGAAAUUAUGUUACAGUUCCGAACUUGGAAUGCUUAUAGAAAUAAAGAUAACGAUAUUUUGGCAAUUUUUGGAUUAUAUUAUAUUUGCAUUAGUUUUGGGAUCUACUACAGUAACAAUAACCAUAAUGGCAAUGGUUUCAGAGACUAAAUUACCACUGAGGGGAUACUUUCCAUUCGAUGCCACACAAAGUCCAUUAUACGAAAUGAUGUAUUUCAUACAAGUUUGGGAUAUAUUCAUAAAUUCCACGUGGGUUCUUUUUCUCGAAACGUCAAUUAUCGAGUUGAUACGAUGGAAUAAUGUGCAAUUAAUCGUAUUACAAAAUAAUUAUGAAAAUUGUACAAAUUGGAGGAUGCCUCGUGCUCAUUUUGAAAUAAGUGAUGAUACCUAUGAAACUAUUAUAAAGUUUCAAUUUUUCAAAGUAACUGAGGAAGAACAGAAAAUACAUUUAUUUAUGCCUUUCGAUGAGAGCGAGGUUAAUAUCCAAAAUGAUUCAUUUGCACUGAGAUUUAAAACCUGUUUGAAACAUCAUCGGCAAAUAGUUGACAAUGUCAAUAAAUUCAAUGACUAUUUCAGCGUCGUACAAUUUUUUACAGUAUUCAUUACUUGUUCGUUUGCCUGUUUAUAUCUUUUCCAAAUAGCUGUGAACAAACAAUCAACUGUCGUUGUUUUAAAUACUGCUAUUUUGAUGUUAGCUGAAUUAUGUCAUCUAGGUUUUUGGUGUGUUUUUUUAAAUUUCAUAUUGGACGAAACGGAAAAAACUCAUCAAAGUCAAUAUAACUCGGGUUGGGAGAGUGAAGGUAAUAUAGAAGUGCAAAAUCUUCUUAUAAAUUCAUUGAUUGGGAGUAAAGAGCCAUUGAAAAUAACAGCAGGAAAAUUUUUCGUAAUGUCUCUGGCAACUUACUUAGCAGUGAUUCAGAAGUCCUACUCAUACUUUGCUAUACUUAAUACGGUGCACAGUGGUUAA